AUGUUUAGAAAUCUCAAUAAGAAUUUGAAAGAGAAACAUGCGUCGUUAUUUGAUUCAAAGCAUUCGAAUGAAUCUGAAAAUAUUGGGGGCCAAGAUUUAACUUCAAUCCUGGACCGGUCACAACGAGGAGACCUUACAGUUCUCGUUGCAGAGACCGCAGAGUCGAUGCGAGUUGGCAUUUUAGAGACAUUUGAGAACUCGAAAGAGCCAAUUCAAAGCAAUUCAUCUCCAAGUCAGACUCCGCCUCAUGAUAAUCCUCAUGAGGAUCGCGAUGAGGUAACACCGCCACUUCCUGAGAGGCCUCAGCAAGAUGUUUCAGCUUUGGGUGAUGAGAAAAGUCAACCUCAGCAGCCUCGUCCGAGAAUAGCUGCGAGGAAAGCCUCCAAAGGUAGAGCUAAGGCUACCGCUCUCUCCCACUUUGAAGACUGGAGAGACGCAGUUCUCUUGAGAAUCGGCCAGGUUGUAAACAGUGAUGAUGAUAGAGAAGAACACAAGCCUGUUCAAGAUCCUGUGGACUCGGAUGAUCUGCCCUUGAACGAAGAUCAAGAUAGAAUCAACCAAAUGCGCGAGAUAUACCAUCCUAUGGAAUCUCCAUUGGCCCAGCUUCCCAAGUCGACAAGGCUACUCAUUCUGCAUUCGCUUCUUUUACUGCUUCUAAGUCUGGAGCACUACAGCGCCUAUUCGCGAGUCUUGUUGCUUAAUGUUGCUUCCAGUCUUGCUAUUGAUAUUAAAUUGCUCAAUGAAGACGAGGUGAAGGUUGCGCGUGGGCUCUUGGACACUGCGCUGGCGCUGUCAUCGGACCCAGAGACACAAAAACAAAAUCAAGAGGUCAACAAGAAAGACAAUUCCCGAAAAUGGAAAGUCGGUAUUGCUUCAGUUGCUGGAGCCGCAUUAAUCGGUAUUACUGGAGGUCUCGCUGCUCCAUUAGUGGCUGCGGGCCUUGGAACAAUCAUAGGUGGUCUUGGACUUGGCGCGACUGCCGCUGCUGGAUACCUUGGUGCUCUCGCUGGGAGUAGUGUGAUUGUCGGUGGUCUCUUUGGAGCUUAUGGCGGGAAAAUGACAGGGCGUAUGAUGGAGCGAUAUGCUAAGGAUGUGGAAGACUUUGCUUUUAUUCCCCUCCGAGGAUCUCAAUCACGGUCUGAGAAAGAAACCGAUGCUGCUCGACAAGACCGUCGUCUGCGAGUGACCAUUGGAGUUACGGGAUGGGUCAAAGAAGAGACUGAUUUUGUGAUUCCAUGGCGGGUAAUUGGUGCUGACUCGGAGGUGUUCGCACUGCGAUGGGAAACGGAGAACUUGAUGAAUCUAGGACAUGCUAUCUCUACCUUGGUGACAAGUGCGGCGUGGUCUAUUGCGGGACGGGAGGUUCUGGCUCACACCGUCUUUGCCACUCUCAUGAGUGCAGUCAUGUUGCCCUUGGGCCUCAUAAAAAUUGCAAGUAUCGUUGAUAACCCCUUCAGCAUUGCCAAAUCCCGAUCUGAUAAAGCCGGCGCGGUCCUUGCGGAUGCCCUGAUCAAUAAAGUACAAGGAGAACGGCCUGUAACUCUUAUCGGAUACUCAUUGGGAUCUCGUUUGAUUUUCUCAUGCCUUCAAAACUUGGCAAAGAGAGGCGCAUACGGGGUAGUGGAAUCGGUCAUCCUCAUGGGAUCUCCAACUCCAUCAGAUGCCGAUGAUUGGCGACGUGUACGCAGUGUGGUGAGUGGAAGGGUCGUUAACGUCUUUUCCGAGAAUGAUUCUGUGCUCGCUUUCCUCUAUCGAACAAGCAGCCUUCAGCUUGGAGUUGCUGGAUUACAAAAGGUCGAAGGCGUUCCAGGUGUGGAGAAUCUCGAUGUGAGUGAGAUGGUCAGUGGUCAUCUUCGAUAUCAGUUCUUACUGGGGAAGAUAAUAUCCCUUAUCGGUCUUCAAGAUGUCGAUUCUCAAGAAAUAUUGCGAGAGGAGGCUGCCUUGGCGAUUGAGGAUGAGCGACAAGAACAGGAACGACAAGCUAAUGAACGUAAAGCGGGUGUCAAAGACCGAGACCCAGAUACUGCUCGCAAGACUCUUGAAAGGCAGGAAGGGUUUGGGGAAGAGUUCAGGAUGCAGAAGCAAGUGGAAUUGCAGACAGAGGAGCAUAUGGAACACCGAAUUCAGUUAUUGGACUUGGAUGAUGAUGAGGAUUUACCGGCAGAGAAAGUUAGCAAGUUUUCAGCGAUAUAA